AUGAUUGUCUUCAGGAAGAUGCUCUUUGGUUCCAUGCACCUUAAGUCGGAUGGCUGGGCUAGAAGUAACUCAUAUGGUGGCACUAAUGCGCUCACCACCUCAUAUGGAGUGGUUGGCGCAUGGUACUCCUGGCUCAAGGAGAUCCCCAACAACUUCUGGAUGAAGGAUUUUGGUAUCUUCUGUUUACCCAAGCAUGUUGUCAUUCCUCUGCACAAGAAACCUGGGAUGACCGUGUUCAGCAAGAUGCUCUUUGGUUCCAUCCACCUUAAGUCGUAUGACUGGCCUAGAAGUAACUCAACGGGUGGAACUAAUGCGCUCACCACAUCAGAUGGGACUCCUCUAGCAAAGAUAAACACAAACACAAUUGUUGACGCUUCAGCCGCGACCAUAGUUCUAUACCCUGAAAAAGGAGGCAACCUGCACUACUUCACAGCGCUUACCCCUUGCGCUACUCUUGAAGUGAUGGGACCCCUUACAACAGCGCUGCUGGCAAGGACUGCUCGUACUAUAUAUAGCAAGUCCCCGUUCUCAAAUACAUCUGGUGUGGUUUACGCACGGUACUCCUGGCUCAAGGAGAUCCCCAACAACUAUCAGAUGAAGGGUGUGACGAUGACGUGGCACUUCAUCGUCUAG